AACUCAAUACAAAUCUACUCUGCUCCCCGGAUAAAUUCAAUCACUCCAACCACUCUUUUAAGUUUUAAGUCAUUAAGUCAAGUUUCUUGUUAUCGAAUUGGUAGCAGUAGCACUCUAUCAGGCAUUCACGCGCCGUCACCACAACCACCAUGCUCCACCAGCGCAUCCUCCUCAUACUGUACCCUGCACAAGGCCACAUAAACCCUGCCCUCCAGCUCGCAAAGAGACUCAUUGCUUUGGGUGCACAUGUCACUCUCUCCACCACCCUUCACAUUCACCGCCGCAUAACCAACAAACCCACACUCCCCGGCCUCUCCUUUGUCCCCUUCUCCGACGGCUACGACGGUGGUUUAACCGCCACCGGGGAUGUUGAUUACACGCUCUACGCUUCGGAGCUCAAGCGUCGUGGCUCCGAGUUUGUAACCAAUCUCAUAGCCUCCAGCGCAGAGGAGGGUAACCCUUUCACUUGUUUAGUCUACUCUCUCCUCCUUAAUUGGGCUGCGGAGGUUGCGCGUGGGAUUCACCUCCCGACGGCGAUGCUGUGGGUUCAACCAGCCACUGUGUUGGACAUUUCGUACUAUUACUUUCACGGAUACGAUGAUUACAUAAGUGAGAAAACAAAAGAACCCUCUUGUUCCAUAGAAUUACCGGGAUUGCCAUUAUUGCUAGCACCCGGUGACUUACCUUCAUAUUUAUUAGCCCCAAAUUCAAGUGUGUCAUUGUCUGUGAUUGUUUCAUUGUUUAAAGAGCAGUUUGAUGAGCUUGACGUUGAAACAAACCCAACAAUACUUGUCAACACAUUCGAAGCUUUGGAACCAGAAGCGUUGAGGGCCGUUGAUAAGUUCAACAUGAUCCCAAUCGGGCCGUUGAUUCCCUCGGCCUUCUUGGAUGGGAAAGAUGCCACUGAUACUUCAUUUGGUGGUGAUAUAUUCCACCCAUCAAAUGGUUACAUUGAAUGGUUGGACUCAAAGGCGGUGUCAUCGGUUGUUUAUGUGUCAUUUGGUAGCUUCUGUGUGUUAUCUAAGAUACAAAUGGAGGAACUUGCACGUGCGUUGUUGGAUUGUGGAUGUCCAUUCUUGUGGGUCAUUAGAGAAAAAGAAAAGAAAGAGAAAGAAGAGGAGGGGCUGAGCUGCAUAGAGGAAUUGGAAGAGAAGGGGAAGAUAGUGAAAUGGUGUUCUCAAGUGGAGGUUCUGUCACAUGCUUCAUUGGGUUGUUUUGUGACACAUUGUGGUUGGAAUUCGACCAUGGAAAGCUUGGUUUCGGGGGUUCCUAUGGUGGCAUUUCCACAGUGGCUAGAUCAGAAGACUAAUGCAAAGCUAAUAGAAGAUGUGUGGAAGAUAGGGGUGAGGGUGGAUCAUAAGGUGAAUGAGGAUGGGAUAGUACAAGGGAAGGAAAUUAGAGAGUGUUUGGAAGUUGUGAUGGGGAGUGGAGAGAAAGGAAAUGAACUGAGAAGGAAUGCAAAGAAAUGGAAGGGUUUGGCUAAGGAAGCUGUGACAGAAAAGAAUCUGAGGGUUUUCAUGGACACUGUUUCUGGAUCACAAUGAGUUUGAUCGUGUCGGAAUUGUCCUCUUCUUUAUUGACUUAGUGUGUUUUCUUUUUUCUUUUUCUACUUUUCUUUGCCCAGUUUCAUUUGUCUUUCUGUUAAUUGGUUCACCGAGGGAUCAAGUCAAUUUCUUCUUCAUCAAUCAAGCAGAUAGGGCCCAAGU